AACUUAAAAUAAAUCUGAUUUCAAAUCACUGUCAAAUCAUAUUCAAACGGGGCUUAAUUAGAUCGAACCAGGCGUAUCAUACUUGUCUUUUCAUUUAUAUUUUAAAAAAAGAAAGAAGAGAUCUUUUAUUAUUCUCUAAAUCUUAAAAUAGUUUCUUUCUUUCUGUUUUGUCUUUUUUUCCUCUCAUAUUUCUUUCUCUUCUUCUCCAAUUUACCAUAUCCUAUAUUUAUUACAAAUCGUCAAACCCUAAUACCAAUUCAUCUCCCUUUCGGUUGGAAAGAGGAAGAAUGUCAGGGACAUGGAGCAAACUUCAGAAAACGCUGUCGUUUCGGCAACCUAAAUCUCCUCUUCCAACAGCGGAGAAUUCAUCUUCCGAUUCCAAAUCAUCAUCAUCAUCUCUUCGGCCACCUUCCUCCCCAUCUUCAUCCACUUUUUCUCGUUUCUCUAGAAGCUUCAGUACCACCUCCCGAUCUUCUAAGAGAACAUGUGCCAUUUGCCUUGGGAGUAUGAAACCAGGGAAUGGUCAGGCCAUAUUCACCGCUGAAUGCUCUCACUCUUUUCACUUCAGCUGCAUUGCCAACAGUGUUAAGCAUGGAAACUAUCUCUGCCCCAUCUGCAGAUGCAAAUGGAAAGAGAUUCCUCUCAUGUCGUCCUUCAGUACUGAUGCAAACACUAAUAAUGCUGGGCGGACUCGUGUCUCUCCACUUGAGGAUAAUUACCUUGACAAUAUUCCUCGUGUUCCACCACCUGUGUCCCUGCCCCUUCCUGAGCCUCUUCAUUUCUCUGAUGAUGAACCUCUUCCCAGCAUCAUUAUGGAUCAGACCUCCUCCCCUUCCACUGUUCAUCCAGAGACUCUGGUCUUGAAAGCAUUUCCAGAAUAUUCUGCCGUUAUUGCUUCUGAAACUAUUUCAAAAUUUGCUGUUCUUGUUGGAGUAAGGGCACCCCCUCUAGUUGAUGAUGCUCGGCACCAAGAACGCGCACCUAUUGACCUGGUCACAGUUCUAGAUAUUAGUGGCAGUAUGGCUGGAUCAAAAUUGACUCUCCUGAAGCAAGCAGUUUGUUUUGUCAUAGAUAACUUGGGGCCUUCUGACCGUCUAGCUAUUGUUACUUUUUCAUCAGGAGCUCAAAGAAAUUUUCCCUUGCGAAGGAUGACAGAGCAAGGUCGUAGAGAGGCUACACAGGCUGUCUGUUCCAUUUCAGCAAAUGGUGGGACAAAUAUUGUGGAAGGACUGAAGAAGGGGGUUCGAGUUCUUGAAGAGAGACGUGAAAGGAACCCAGUUGCAAGCAUUGUUCUCCUCUCAGAUGGAAGAGACACAUAUAACGGUGAUAAUGCCAAUCAACGGCGGAGUCCUCGUAACCGCAGAUCCUCGAAUGCAACCUCAGGUCCAGACUUUUUGAAUCUAUUGCCUUCUUCUAUUUGUACUCAUAAUAGAGAAGCACUAGCAGCAAGACAACUGCCAACUUUCCAUGUACAUACGUUCGGAUUUGGUUUAGACCAUGACUCCUCUACUAUGCAUGCUAUCUCAGAUGCAUCAGGUGGUACAUUUUCUUUCAUUGAGACUGUUGGUACUGUUCAAGAUGCUUUUGCUAUGUGUAUUGGUGGUCUCCUUAGUGUUGUCGCCCAGGAACUAAAGCUUACUGUUAGGUCAGCAUCACGUGGAGUAUAUAUUGGAUCUAUUCCUUCAGGAAGGUAUGCAAAUGAAAUUUCUGAACAGGGAAAGCAAGGGGUAAUAAACAUCGGAAAUCUGUAUGCAGAUGAGGAAAAAGAAUUUCUUUUCUACUUGUCUGUUCCUUCCGCUGAUAUUGAGCAAGGCGCAACAAAGACAUCUCUGUUGCAAAUUACAUAUAGUUACAAGAAUACCACAUCCGAAGAAAUGGUCAGUGUGGAGGGUGAGACAGUAGAGAUAAGUCGGCCACCAGUGUUGUCUCCUACAGAUGUGCUAAUAAGUCGUGAGGUUGAUAGGCAGAUAAAUAGGCUGGCAGUGGCAGAAGCCAUUGCAGAGGCACAACAAUUGGCAGAAAUGGGAAAUCUUGAGGGUGCCCAAGCAGUGCUAACUAACCGAAGAGCUUCUCUUCUAUCUUCUGUAUCUGCCCAAGCAGGCGAUGCUCUCUGUAGCUGGCUUGACACGGAAUUGACUGAAAUCAGAGAAAGGAUGGCAAGCAGAGAGCGCUAUGAACAAACAGGACGAGCUUAUGUCCUCUCGGGUUUGAGUUCACAUUCUUGGCAAAGAGCGACAACUAGAGGAGACACGACAACACAAAUAUUACUGCAAGGUGGUAGUUCAAGCAAUAGUGGCGCCACCAUCGGGUAUGAAACUCCAUCUAUGGUCACCAUGAUCUCAAAGUCACAAAAUUUAAGUCUUGUUAAUCGCUCCGAACAAGCUCCACGCCAGAACAAGACAUGCAACUUGAGUCCCGGAUCUUAGAAAACAUUUCUGACCUCAUAGUAAACAUUGUGAUGAUAGACAAUUGAACUCUGUUAUACUUUCGUUUAUUUGUUCCAUUUAUUUUUUUACUUUUAAUUUCUGGAAGGAUCAUUUGCAUAUCAGAUUCUUUUAGUCUGACAACUCGACAUAUUGUAAUAAUAUGUUAGAGAUAACUGAUUGUCUGCUGACCUCGAUUUAUGUGAACAACAUGCUUUUACUAUUA